AUGAGGGUGUCUAUGGAUCAAAGGCUAGAUAUAAGGGAAGGUCGUGAAGUCGAAGUCUGCUAUGAAGAGAAUGGCUUUAAAGCCGUUUGGUACAAAGCCAUUAUCGAGGCAACGAAAUCGAAAUCUGGUUUCAUAGAACACAGUGUACGCUUGCUCAAGGAUGAUUUCGCGACUCCUCUUAUCCAACUCUCCCUACAUGUCUUGCUUCGACCUCUUCCCCCACGACAUUUGCAAGCUCGCAUCAGUAUCAAGCAAGGCUGCGUCGUCGACGCUUACCACAAAGAUGGGUGGUGGACUGGGUUUGUUAUCAAAGAGUUGAAGGAUGAUAACAGCGAGAGUUGUUGUUUGGUGUUCUUCGAUUCACCGCCUGAUAUCAUUCUCUUCGAGAGAAAGGAUUUGAGGCCUCAUCUUAAAUGGUUCUACAAGAAAUGGUGGGUUAGGCCAAAGUCACAGCUUUUGGCUGAGGAAUCUAUGUUUAGCCCUGGAACAAUGGUGGAAGUGAGUUCCAAGACUGAUGAGAUGGAAAUUGUUUGGGUUCCUGCAAUGAUCAUCAAAGAGAUUGAAGAGGAUGAUGAGACGAAGAAAUAUAUUGUCAAGUUUUGCAAUAAGCCUUUGAGCUGGGAGGGUAGUAAGGAAACAUCCAACGAAACUGUUGAUUCACAAAGUGUUAGGCCAAAACAGCCUCUGUUUUUGGUUGAAGAGUAUAAGUUGUUGGACUGUGUUGAGGCGUUUCGUGGUUUGAGGUGGCGUAAAGGGAUAGUGAAUCGAUUUGUCUCUCAGAAAUCGUAUAUGGUGAGUUUCGAGGAUACAAAUAAGCAGUUGAGAUUCAAUCACUCGGAUCUAAGGCCUCCAAUGGAGUGGGAAGAUGGGGUUUGGAAGUUGUGA